AUGGAUUGUGGGGGUAAGAUUGGUGGAGGUGAGAGAAGUGGGCCUUGUGGUGCUUGUAAGUUUCUGAGGAGAAAGUGUGUGAAGGGUUGCAUAUUUGCACCUUACUUUGACUCAGACCAAGGAACGGCUCAUUUUGCUGCGGUGCAUAAGGUGUUUGGUGCUAGCAAUGCCUCUAAGCUACUCAUGCGCAUCCCAGUUCACAAGCGUCUUGAUGCUGUUGUUACUCUUUGCUAUGAGGCUCUUGCUAGGGCUAGAGACCCCGUUUAUGGUUGUGUUGGCCACCUCUUUGCUCUUCAACAACAGGUCAUGAACUUGCAGGCUGAGCUAACCUAUGUCCAGGCCCGUCUUGCCACAAUGCAACGGUUGCCAGUCACAGUAGCUCCUCUUACACUCCCUCAAAGCUCUUCACCAACGAGUCUCCAUUCCUCUUCAGAUCACUUGCCAUCAAGUGCUGACAUGCAAAGUGUCUCUAUGCACUUUGAUUCUCUUCAACAACAUUCAACAUCACUAGAAUUAAGCAGCUUUUUCAAUCCAUCAGAACAACAACUGGAGGAUGGGGAACUCCAAGCUUUGGCUCGAGAAUUUGUGUCUAGAUACUUGCCCGGAGUGAGAUUCCAGCCAUCCAACCCUCACUGAGGUUUUA